CCCGAAUGCUCAAAUGCGGCCGGCUAUUGCAAAACCCAUUUAUCUUAUCCGAUCAGACAAAAACCGCUUCGACAGGGAAGGAAGAUAACCGUCACCCAAGCCCCACACAACCACUCACUGUCGGCUGUACAGAUGGUAAGGCACUGGGUGGCAGUCAUGUGUGCCCUCGUUGGCCUCCCGCAUAAUUGUGUCACGGACACGCUUCGCCAGUGGGCCCGGUUGGCCCGUGCCGAUAGGCCGUCCGUCCAGCUCGACGAUCGACUCCACGUGCCAGUCGCCCGACAGCAUCAGCAACUCCUCCGCCUGCACUCUCACAACAUACCAUACACAGAGAGAGAUACAGAUGUUUGUCGAUGUCGCUUCUGUGUCUGUGUGUGUGUGUGUGACCUGGUAUACGGUGUCCAGGGGCACCUCCUGUUGCCGGACGUCCUUGAGCUCGCCACUGGCACACAUGUCGCGGCAAAUGUCCAUGCACCGCCGCACCGUCGUGCCCGCCAGGAUGCAGUCGAAUGGCGGCGUAAGGAACUCCUUGUCCUUGGUCAGCACCCCCACGCAGCACACGGCCGCCUCGGCCAGCUUGCCGUCGUAGGUGAGGAUGCCAUACCGCCCUCCCUUCUCGGUGCUCUCCAUCGACAUGAGCGCAUUAAGAAGGUAGUUGUUGCUCUUCAUCGUCGCCAGCAGCUUUGGCUUCAUCGGCACACUCACAGUGAACUCCCGGAUGCCCUCACCCUGACGCAAGUCGAGAGUCUCCUCGCCAGCCGAGUGGGCGGGGUGCGAUCCCCACACCACCACAUAGAGGGAGGCCGACUGGCACUCUGCCGGGUGCAGGGCGAAGCCGCCCACCCCCGCGCCCAUCCAGUAUCUCAGGUUGGCGGUUUUCUUGCCGCUGGCGGCCGCCGUCUGCUGGAUGAUGGAGCGAAGGUCGUCCUUGGUCCACUUGUGGGCAAUGCGGGCGGUGGCUGCCGACUUGAGGAACCGGUCCAGAUGGAUGUCCACUCUGUAGAGGUUGCCAUUGAAGAGCGAGCACGUGUCGAACACUGCGUGGCCGCGGUGCACCACUGCACGAGCAGAGAACGAUGUGUGAAAAGGCCGGGCUGUGUGUGUGUGUGUGUGGUCAUGGCUUGGCUUACAGUGGUCAUCAAUGGGAACGCUCAUGAGGUUUGUGUCUGUCACGAUGCCACCGAUCACACUCGAGUACAUGGCAUAGAUCUUGGCAGAUCCUCGCCUGUCCCUCAUCGCCUUCAGGUAGGACGACUCAUCGAAGAUGGGCACAGGGACUGCAGGCAUCUUUCCCGAUGCUUUCCUGCCGCUGCUUUCAAGCCCAUUCGCCACACCAUUCAUUUUUUC